AGAAUGGGGUAGAGUCUCCGGGUAGAGGAUGUAGCGGAACGACCCGGAGCUCACUGCCAUGUGGAGUGGCUGGGGUAAAAGACUGCCGAGGCUGGUAAGAAUCUCGCGAGCGGUUGGCAUUCGCGCAGAGCCGGUCACUUGCAAGCUUUCCUUGCUUGAUGCCGCCAGAAGCGAGGUGCUUUGGAAGUCAAGAAAUCGGGACUGGAUGGAGAUGAACCUUGUGCUCAGCAACUUUGUUGAGAGAAGCCUGCACAACUUCAAUGAUGAGCAGGUAGAGCUUUUGGCACAGCUGCUUCAGAAGAGUGAUGUGGAGCUGUACCCUUGGCUGUCGGGCAGGUCACCAGUCCCCAUAGAGAUGCUGCAAAACGACGUCUUUGUUUUAUUGCUUGGCUACAUCAACUCGCACCAUCCAGCUCUGAAACAUAUUCAGCCUGGACAUGCUACUUAAGCUAUACAACUCCUGGACUCCCCCUACAUUGCGGGAAUGGAGGACCAUUGUUGAGUCCGUUGGGGUCAUUGGAAGGCUGCAAACCAAAGGAUCAACGACUGACGUACCUGGAGAAUCAUGAGCCGAGGCUGCAAGCACUUGAGCCAAGAGUUUGGACGCACUCUGUUCUUGGAAGAGGAGCGCUCAGAGGCAGCCCGAUACUCAAGGCCUGACAACACGCGUAAAG